AUGCACGACCUCGACCCGCUCGACCCCGCAUACGUUGCGGAUGUUCUUUCACGGCCUCCCUUCGUCUCAAUUCCCGGCGUAAUAAACGUUCGGGACCUUGGUUCCUACCCCUCAGCAACAUAUUCUGGAAGAAUAACAAAGCCAGAGUAUCUGUACCGAUCCGCAGAGCUCUCUGGAAUCACUCCAGAGGGGAAAGCCAAGUUACAGGAAAUCGGUGUCUCUAAAGUCUUUGACUUACGAUCCGACACUGAAAUCCGAAAGUAUAACACUCCGCUUCCCGUGAUCGAUGGCGUAGAGAUCUUGCAUACACCCGUCUUCCAAACUGCAGACUACAGCCCAGAGAUGAUGGCUAAGAGAUAUCAAUUAUACGCAAGUGGUAAAACAGAGGCCUUCAUGGAGCUAUACUCUCAAAUAUUAGAUCAUGGUGGCCACUCGUUCGGCGCCAUCCUUCGUCAUGUAAGAGAUAAGCCCACGGAGCCCUGUCUCUUCCAUUGUACAGCCGGGAAAGAUCGAACUGGACUUAUAGCCGCCAUUUUGCUCAAGCUCGCAGGCGUGGACGAUGAAGCUGUCUCUCGUGAUUAUGCCCUUACUCGUGUUGGCCGGGAGCCUGCCCGCGAAAUGAUAAUGGCACGUCUGGCCAAAGAGCCGUUAUUUGCCUCGAACAACGAGGCUGCCCUCAACAUGUUUACUUGCCGUCACGAGACAAUGAUGGCUUUCCUCGAGCUGCUGGAAAGUAAAUACGGCGGAGCAGAAGGAUACAUCAAGCAUUACGUUGGGCUCUCUGAGCACGACAUCAACACUAUUCGGAAUAAUAUCCUGGUUCCUGGUGAUUCGCGGUUAUAGACGAUGUCAACGACAAUUAGACGGGAUGUCUUCCAACGGAUGGCCGACAGUCAUAGUUCGAACGAUUAGUGUAGAAUACUAUUCAUGGUAAAGAAUGUCAUUAUCAUCAUCAUC